AUGAGGAGCCUUUGCUCUAUUUUAUUUCCUCUCUUUCAGAAUAUCCCGGACCCCAGCCACCUCCCCUUGGUGGCUUCCUGGAAGACCUACCCUCUGUUCUUUGGCACGGCCAUUUUUGCGUUUGAAGGCAUCGGGAUGGUUCUGCCCCUUGAAAACAAAAUGAAGGAUCCUAAGAAAUUUUCGCUCAUCCUUUAUGUAGGAAUGACUAUCGUCACUGCCCUCUAUGUCAGCCUGGGGAUUCUGGGUUACCUGCAAUUUGGAGCUAACAUCCAAGGCAGCAUAACCCUCAACCUGCCCAACUGUUGGCUGUACCAGUCAGUUAAGCUGCUCUACUCCAUCGGCAUCUUCUUCACCUAUGCCCUCCAGUUCUACGUCCCAGCCGAGAUCAUCAUCCCCUUCUUUGUGGCCCGCGGCCCUGAGCAUUGCGAACUGGUGAUAGAUCUCUCCGUGCGCACCAUGCUGGUCUGUCUGACGUGCGUCUUGGCCAUCCUCAUCCCCCGCCUGGACCUGGUCAUCUCCCUGGUGGGUUCUGUGAGCAGCAGUGCCCUGGCCCUCAUCAUCCCACCCCUCCUGGAGAUCACCACCUACUACUCGGAGGGCAUGAGCCCCAUCACCAUUGUCAAGGACGCCCUGAUCAGCAUCCUGGGUUUCCUGGGCUUUGUGGUAGGGACGUGUCUGACCCUGUACGAGCUGAUCCAGCCAAGCAGCGCUCCCAUCUUCGUCAACUCCACCAGUGCCUUUGUAUAGCAAGCUGGGUGCGACCCUGCACCGGCCCACUCCCCGCUGUGUGUUCCCCCAGCACCUGGCCCCAAAGCCUCAGGUGGGGUCCAGGCUCUGGGGGAAGGUAAGGUCGCUGUCUGGGAACCCCUACCUGGCUCCUGGGUACCCUGGGUCAGGUAGGGAUGAAGACAGGAUAGGGGGUGGGCAACAGAUUCGCUGCUGCGUGUGAGGUUAUCUCUAGUAGCAGCACCGUCUCUGUUCAUUUGUACCCAGAACUUUUUACCUCUUUUCCCUGAUCCCACCUCCUCCCUUCACUGCCUGCGCCUCUCUCCUUCUGACCCACCUCUCCGAAUUAUCCCUGUUGCACAGUUCACUUUAUCUAAAAAUUUCAAUGUCUCUCACCUCAUGUUUUCUCCUUGCCCAGGCCAUGCCUAGAUGAAAUAAUGUGGACAUGCCCCUGUUUAUCAAGCCAGGCCCACCUCUUAGCCCUCUCCCAAGUAUUUUACCUCAUUAUUCUCCUGCCUAAUUGAGUCUCCACCCAGUAGUGGAGCCCACCUAGUAGUUGAAAACCAGCCCCCAAAGCUGGAGGUUUUGGCCUUCACUCUCUUUGGCUUGCCGUGAC